CAACAUUACCCAGCAUCCACAAGGAGCCAUGCAAUGUUGACGUGUAUUUUGUUGGUAGUCUAAACACUUCCUAUUUCGCAUCAUCUAGUUGUCAAAGUUGGACAUCUUUUAAUCGCAACUUGAACAAUUUUACCGACACUUUGUGAAUUUAAAGCGGUGGGUGACUUUGCAACAGUGUGUGACGAUGUCCGGGGAAAUUUCUAUGAUUGGUUCGGUGAUCCUGGCCCUGUUCCUGGCUGGUUACCUGGGCCAGCAGUACUUACCGCCCCCCAAACCGAAAGUGAUCGGCCUGGACCUGGGCACCACCUUCUGCUCUGUCGGCGUCUUCCACCCGGGCAGCGGGGAUGUGGAGGUGAUAGCGGAUGAAGAGGGGAGGAAGAGCAUCCCCAGCGCCGUCUCAUUCACCAGCACUGCGGUGCUGGCUGGACAUGAAGCCGUGGACCUGGCCGACAGCAACCCUCAAAACACCAUCUACGAUGCCAAGAGGUUCAUCGGGAAGAUCUUCGAGCCGGAGGUCCUGGAGCAGGAGAGUGCUCGGUACCCGUUUAAGGUGCUUAACAGUAAUGGAAGUGCAGAGUUUUGGAUCUUCACCAACCAUACCUUCACUGUAAGCCCAGAGUUCAUUGGCUCCAGGCUGCUGCUGAAGAUGAAGAAGAUGGCCGAGCGACAGCUGGGUGUGCCCAUCCAGAAAGCUGUCAUCUCAGUGCCCGCAGAGUUUGACGAGAGACAGAGGAACUACACUGUCAGGGCCGCCAACCUCGCUGGCCUGGAGAUCCUGCGUGUGAUCAAUGAGCCCACGGCUGCAGCCAUGGCCUACGGCCUACACAAGGUGGAUGUGUUCAACGUGCUGGUGGUCGACCUCGGGGGAGGAACCCUGGAUGUUUCUCUGCUCAACAAACAGGGAGGCAUGUUCCUCACCAGGGCCAUGGCAGGGAAUAACAAGUUGGGUGGUCAAGACUUCAGCCAGAGGUUGCUCCAGUACACUGCAGAGCGAGUCCGCCAGGAGUUUGGCGUCCCACCCACUCUCAAAGAGGACAUCCACCGUCUCCGACAGGCCGUGGAAGCCGCAAAGCUCAACCUCACCCUCCAACCCAGUGUCACCAUCAGGGUGCCCCUGCACCUUCACACCCACGACAGCUCGGAGUCACCCGAAGGCUCUGCUCCUGCUCCGGUUCUCUUCCAGGCUGUGAUAACUCGCGAGCUGUUCGAAGAGCUCAACGAGGACCUUUUCCAGAAGAUCCUGGCUCCCGUUGAGACCGUGUUGACUGAGGGCCACCUGGAGAAAGAGGACGUGGAUGAGAUCGUUCUGGUUGGAGGGUCCACCAGGAUACCGCGGAUCAGGAGGCUGAUCAGCGAGUACUUUGGGAAGGAGCCCAACACAUCAGUAGACCCUGACCUGGCUGUGGUUACAGGUGUGGCCAUUCAGGCUGGCAUCAUGGGCGGCUCCUGGCCUUUACAAGUGAGCGCUAUAGAAAUUCCCAACAGACACCUGCGCAAGACAAACUUCACCUAAUAGGUUAUUUAUUAAGAUGGAAAUGAUGCCACAGAGACUUGCCACUGAUUCCUAACUGUUUAACACUUCUCUUAUGUGCAUAAUUUAAAAUCUGCUGAAGUGAGAAAAAUUACCAACAAAUACACUGUCACCUGAAUGAAGACAUGCAAGUUACUCAGGUUUUUCACCUCAUCUCAUGCUUUCUUGUUUGUGAAAGGCAGCGGUAGCAGAAAAAUAAGUAACUGAUAACAUCUGCACAAGUGAACAGUCCUGUUUCCGUUUUUAAAGUGACAGCUGCUUUUGUUGUGCACAAAGCUUCAGCAGAAAUAACAGUUAGAUACUGAUGAAAUGUGAAUGAGAAGCCUCUCAAAAGGUGAAAUCCUCUCUCAUGUAUCUACUGAUCCAUUCAGCUUCAUUCGUGAUGCUUAUUCAUGGUAGAUACUUUAACAGUGUUCAAAUCAGGGAACAACCUUUUAAGGACUUAAAGACUAAGCAAUACAUCUUCAGCUAUUUAUUUAUUUAUUCCCACUAACUGUGUGAGUGCGUGUGUGUUUUGCAGGCCUUCAAUGUAUUUUUUUUUUUUAUUUUACAUCUUUCUAUCAAAGGUUGACACACAGUGUGCUUGUGCCUGUUCAUAAAGCUGCUAUAUUGUUUGAAGUAUAGAGGUGAACUGCUGCAAGCUAGUGGUUCCGUCAAAGGCCCUUGUCCCAGAAAUGAUUUAAUGUCCACUGGAAGUCAUGGGGACAGAGGGAGACCUCAGUGUAAAGAUGCAGUUAUGCACAAUUAAUUUCAAACAAAUUCACUGCAAUACAGACUACUCACCUCAUAAAUAAGGAGUUCUGAUGAGGUGCAGAGUCCCCAGCUAAUAGAAUAAGGUGUAUGUUGGUGAAAGCCUUAAUGUUCACACAGUACUGAAAGUGUUAAAUCCUGAGACGGAAUUAGUUGCCUCGGAGAGUGAAAGAGAGAGAAGUCAUGUUCAGUGCUGCACUUUGAGGACUUCCAGUUGUUGACUAACUUUACUUUUUUGUGCAAUAGUGCAUGCUUUAAUUAAAAGGCAAUGACUUUCGCUGACUUACACACAAAUAUUUAUGCUGCAUAUCAGAGUUAAGUACAACAGCCUGCUUUUGCUGCUGUAGGUAGAGAAGGUCGACUCUGGUAGUCCCACAGGAGGACCAAACCAUUGCUUACUGGUGCCUUGUGUAUUUGAUAUGGUUAGUUAAGUCUAGGAUGCUUGUGGUUGUCAGGGUGCCUAAAAUACGACAAAUUUGUUUAAUAAUGUAGUGUGAAGAAAAUCUGUUUCACCUGCUCUUAUUCUGGUCAACAAUAGACUGGUUAUUGUACAUCCAGUAUGAAAAUUGAUUUCCAUUUCUAUUCCAAAAGUCUGUCUUUGGAAAACAUAAAACCCAGAACUCUGAAUCUCUGAAGUACAGUCAUUCCAAUAUCAACUCAAGUUGCCUACAUUCCUUUAUAAAGUGUCACAACUUUUUUUUUGCCAAAUGUCAUUCAUGAGUAGGUGUAUUUAUUUUGUCUUUUUUCUCCAAAUGUUGUAUUUCUCAUGCUGGAACUUCAUAUCUUGAUGUAAUAGAGCCUUUAGUGAAGAUGAAGCAAAGUUGACACUAUGCUGUUUGUCUUUGAUAUUGGUCCCUAUUGAAACAGGGAGAAAGAAACUGACACUAGGAUCUAUUUUUAUAUCACCUGUUUUACUCACUGUCAGAGUCUAGCCACCCAAAAAAUGACAAGGAAGUUUAACUGUUAGGACCUGCUUUUCAGCCAAUUAAAAUUCCAUUUCUCAACGUC